ACAGCGGGCAGCAGCUGCUGAGAUACCGAGACAUGGCGGAGCGUACAGUUUGAGUAGGUUCGCCAGAAGAGUUGCGCUACUUUCUCUCUCACUUGAGUCCUCACCGCGCAAAAUAAAUGGCCAAGAAGAAACUGUAAACGCGGAUGAACAUGCUCUCCUCGGAAGCGCAGGGGGAAAAUGGACGAAGUUGCUUCGCGUAAGUGAACCGGAGAAAUGUCUCGCUGUUUAGUGCAGUCAACAGCCUCGGGCAACAAACAUGGCUUCUGUGCCUUUCUGCUGUUUGUAAUAAAAACCCGCUUCGUUGAGCCAUCGAAUCUCAUGGCGCCGUGGCUCAAAUCCUACAAGUGAGCGGAUAGUGUGAAGUUCCUGCUGCGUUCAUCGGGGUUGUGUGGUGGAAUCGGCGAUAGCACUGAGCUAGCUAGUUAGCUAAGGAACUGUAGGAACUGCAAUGGAGCCCAAGCACAAAGAGUUACUCCACCAGUGCCACCAGAACUUGCUGGAGUCCAUCACGGAUGCCGAACGGCUAAUCGAGCUGCUGAGUAAAUCGGGAAGCCUCAGCGAGCAGGAAGCGUUCGAGCUGGACCAGAACUGCUCCUCCAGCGCAGAGAAAGUGGAGCAGCUCCUGAAGAUGCUCAUGAACAAGCAGAGCGACCAUUUCCUGGAGCUCUGUGUGGCCCUGGAGAAGACAUACCCUCACCUGUACUCUGCCCUCUUCGCCAACGGUGGAGGACCAGCCGAUCAUCACUCUGGGUCCACAUACAGUGUCCUGUCCACAAUGCCAUCAGACUCGGAGAGCAGCAGCUCCCUCAGCAGUGUCGGUACCAAAGCUUCAUCACCUCCACCUGCGCUCAGUGACACCCGGCCAGCCAGCGACAGUCUGGACACCAUCCUCUUCCAGCUGAAGCAGGUCACCAGGGAAAGGGACGAACUUCGCAAGCGCUUGGCUCUCGCCUCUCCUGGCACCACCUUUGAUGACUGCCGGCCAAAUUCCAAACCUGGUCAUGACUACGAGCGUCUGAAAACGCAGUGCACGAAGGCUAUGGCAGACCUGCAGUCCUUGCAGAACCAGCACACCAAAACUCUGAAGAGGUGCGAGGAGGCUGUGAAAGAAGCAGACUAUUACCACAUACAGCACAGCCGCCUCCUAAGUGAACAGACACAGCUAAAAGAGGAGAUGGAGGUUUUGAAAAGAGAGAACACUAAGCUGACUCGGGAACAUAACCAUCUGAAACAGAGCUGUGAGGAGCUCAGGAGGCUUCAUUCCGAGGAUCAGAGGGAGGUGGCUGACAUGAGACUACAGCAACAACAGGUAAUCAGGGAAAACGGUUCAUCAGAGGUUUUGAACAAGCUCUAUGACACAGCGAUGGAUAAGCUGGAGGGGGUGAAGAAGGAAUAUGACGUCUUGAGCAAACGAUACAGCGAGAAGGUGUCCACUCACAAUACAGAUCUGAGUCGACUGGAGCAGGUGGAGGAGGAGAACAGACGCUUGCAAAAACAAAUUGACGCUCUGCUCAAACAGCGCGAUACGGCUAUCCAGUACCAACAGCAGUGGUCUACAUCUAUGAGACGAUUUGACUCUGUGCAGCAGGAGCUAAAUAAGGCCUCGGCACAGAACAAGGAGCUGCAGAGAGAGAUGGAGAGACUCCAGUCGGAGGUGACACGCUACAAGAACUUCCAGCUGAAGGCAGUGAAGGAUGGUGAGAAGUACAAGGAGGAGCGGGAUUCUGUCUUUAAUGAAUACCGGUUGAUCAUGAGCGAGAGAGACCAGGUCAUUAAAGAGGUGGACAAGCUGCAGACGGAGUUGGAGGCAGCAGAGGCCCGGCUAAAAAACACCUCCUCCGAGAGGAUGGUGGCCAGCGAGGAGCUUGAGGCUCUCAGACAGGAGCUAAAUUCAUCGCUGGUGGAUAGAGACCGUGCCAUCUGUGAGAGAAACGAGCUGCUGGAAAAAUACUGCCACGAAGUGAAGGACAAAGCGGAGGCCCAGAAAGAGCUGAGUCAGGCCUGUAAAGACAUUGAGACCGUGCGGGAGGAAAGAGACGUUGCCAGGAAAGAGAGAACCGAAGCCAUCAUCCAGAGAGACCAGUUACUGCGUGAAUACUACCAGGCCCGACAGAAACAAGACUCUGCCACCCUGGACAUGGAGCGUGCUAAUAAAGAGAUUGACAUAUUGAGAAAGCAAUGUGAAGCCAUGUCUCAGGAGCUGAAGGAGGCAGUGCAGGAGGCUGAAGUGGCUAAGUGUCGCAGAGAUUGGGCCUUUCAGGAGAGAGACAAGAUUGUUGCUGAGAGAGAGAGUAUACGGACGUUGUGUGAUAACCUGCGCAGAGAGCGGGACCGGGCCGUCAGUGAUCUGGCUGAUGCCCUGCGCAACCUUGAUGAUAUGAGGAAACAGCGCAACGAUGCGGCCAGGGAACUUAAAGAGCUCAAGGAGAAGAUGGAGAGCCAGUUGGACAAGGAGGCACGCUUUUGCCAGCUGAUGGCUCACAGCUCCCAUGAUUCAGCCAUAGACACAGAUUCAUUAGAGUGGGAGACUGAAGUGGUGGAGUUUGAAAAGGAUCGGGACGACAUGGAUUUGAAGGCAAUGGGGUUUGAUAUCGCAGAGGGGGUGAAUGAUCCAUAUUUACCAGGGGACUGUGGGAUAUUUGUUUCUCGGGUGGACAAAGGAAGUAUCGCAGAUGGAAGAUUGAGGGUGAAUGAUUGGCUGCUGAAGAUAAAUGAUGUGGACCUGACGAACAAAGACAGGAAGCAGGUCAUCAAAGCUGUACUUAAUGGAGGAGGCCUGAUCAAUAUGGUCGUUCGCAGGAGGAAAUCUUUAGGAGGAAGGCUGGUUACUCCUAUUCACAUUAAUCUCAUCGGACACAAAGAAAACGGAGGAAUCUUUGUCUCCAAGGUUACAGGAGGCAGUAUCGCACACCAGGCUGGGCUGGAGUAUGGGGACCAGCUAUUAGAGUUCAAUGGAAUAAACCUGCGCAAUGCCACUGAACAGCAAGCACGACUCAUCAUUGGCCAGCAGUGUGACACCAUUACGAUCAUGGCCCAAUACAACCCACACAUGUAUCAGCUCGGCAACCACUCGCGCUCCAGUUCCCGCCUGGAGCCAGUGAGCACUCAGUCUACGCCACAGGGCAGUGGAACUGCAACCCCAGAUAACCACUCUGCCAUAGACACCCUGAGUGAACAGGAUGAAGGCACACUCACCCCAUCCUCCAAACAGACCACACCCACAACCAGUCCCAACAGCUUCAUCAGAAGGCCUUCUGAAAGUUCCAAGAAAGUACCAGAGGCACGUUUGGUGACAGUGAGGAAGACUCAGGUGGAGCUGGGCAUACAGCUGUGUGGAGGAAACCUGCGGGGAAUCUUCGUGGAGAGGCUGGAAGAUGACAGUCCUGCCAGAGCGGAUGCUGUUGUACCCGGGGACAUGAUACUUGAGUAUGGCUCAGUUAAUAUGAAGAAUAAGACUGUGGAGGAGGCAUAUCUGGAAAUGCUGAAGCCUGCAGAAACAGUGACGUUAAGAGUCCAGCAUCGUCUGGAUGAGUUCAACCAGGUGAAAGGCACUCCUGGAGAUGGAUUCUAUAUCAGAGCACUUUAUGACCGAGUAGCUGAGACUGAGCUCGACCUCUCUUUCAAGAAAGAUGACAUCCUCUAUGUGGACGACACACUACCAAAUGGCAACUUCGGCACCUGGAUGGCCUGGCAACUUGACGAAAAUGCACAAAAAAUUCAAAGAGGCCAAAUUCCUAGCAAAUAUAUGAUGGAUCAGGAGUUUUACCGUAGACACAGUAUGACUGAACUGAAGGACGAAACGGGCUCCAGUAAAACUCUCUCGGCCGCCGCACGCAGAUCCUUCUUCCGCAGGAAACACAAGCACAAACGCAGCAGCUCCAAAGAUGGGAAAGAUGUUGUGGCUUUGGACGCCAUCAGCACAGACUCGAUUCCUUUCUUAGAUGACUGUGUGAGUCUGGCCUAUCAGAGAGUGCAGAAGAUUGACUGCACAUCUCCCAGACCUGUGCUGAUCCUCGGCCCGCUUGUGGAUCCUGUUAAAGACAUGCUGGUCAAAGAUUCUCCAGGGAAAUUCAGCAGAUGUGUUCUUGAGGUGAUGAAGGCUUCUCAGCAGGCCAUUGAGCGUGGGGUCAAAGACUUUCUCUUCAUCGACUACAAACGAAGGAGUGGCCAUUUUGAUGUGACGACUGUUGCCUCAAUCAAUGAAAUCACGGACAAGGACUGUCACUGUUUGCUUGACAUUGCACCUCACGCUAUUGAAAGGCUUCACAGCGUUCACAUUUACCCAAUCGUCAUUUUCAUACGCUACAAAAACGCAAAGCAGAUAAAAGAGCAGAAGGACCCGAUUUAUCUGCGGGAUAAGGUCUCUCAAAAACAUUCCAAGGAGCAGUUUGAGAUUGCACAGAAGAUUGAGCAGGACUACAGCAAGUUCUUCACAGGUAUCGUUCAGGGAGGCACCUUCCCUUACAUUUGCACUCAGAUCGUGACUAUUGUGGAUCAGGAACAGAGCAAAGUCUUGUGGACUCCACUGGGCUCCCCGUAGGGCUCUGACACUUACAAACGCUACACUUUAUACACUAGAACACACGCAAAGGUACACUAACGUUACGAGCGUUGCAUUAAGAUAGUAAUUCUUUUGUUUUUUGUCAAUAUUCAUUUUUAUUACGUUAUUAAUUGUAACUCUUAUUUGUAAAUGUAUGAAUGAGUGUCUAAGUAUGUGUGUGACAGAGGACGAUAGCACUGAAGUAUUUGUUCAUUUCCUUUUGGUCUUCCUGACGGACAUGUUAAAGUUUUAGCAAUGCUGCAUUUAAGACACUCGUUUACAGAGCAAUCAGUCGGUGAAUUGUUUAACGUCUGCCUGAAUGUGAAGUUUCCCCUUGUACCCAAAAUGGUAUGCGUGACACCCUUUCCACACUGUCCCACAUAUCAGCUCAAGGACUGAAUCCUCCUCAUCUUGUGGUUUUUAUGGUGGCCAAGUUAGUUGUGUAGAUGUCUAGUGAGCGUUGCUUCGAAUCGUAGUGCUUCACUAUUGAGCUGAGACUGACUGCAGCUUAAGCGGUUUCUACGGGCCAAAUGGAAGUGCCUUUGGAGAUCCACUGAGCGUAUGACAAUGGCAUGAGGUGAAAGCCUGGUAUUUAAACAGUAAAACUUCUCCGAUUGCACUCCAGGGCUAGACAGACCACUGUGUUCUCAUAGCAGAGCUUAUAUUUAAAGAGAAAAUCCCACGUAACACUUGUACCCGCCGAAGUACGGGCGCACACGUAUGUGUAUGUAUGCAAUUUCAUCAGAAUAUAUAGAAAUAUAUUUACUGUAUUUUACUGGGCUGUAGGCCCGGGGAGUGUGACGGAGCGGUCACGUCUUAGCAAAUAUUAGCAUGUUUGUGUGUGUGUGUGUGUGUAUGAGCGAGAGUGUGCGAAUGCACGUUUUUGGUUUUUGUGUAUGUUUGUCAGUCACUUUUAUAAGUACUACACACUAAAAGAAAAAACAAAAACAUCAUAGAAAGAAAAGUUGCAGGGUAAACCUGAAAUGGUUUUCUUAAAACUGUUUAAAUGUUAGUGGUUUUUCAUUGCUAUUUAAUUGUUUUUAUUAUAAUUAUUUGUAUUAUUAUUAUUAUUAUUAUUAUUAUUAUUACUAUUCAAGAGUCAUGAUAUGUCUCAUGCAGACCAGUAGCUCCAUUAAUGUGCCAAAAAAAAGUUUAUUUCUUUCAAUUUUUUCCUGUUUUGCACUUCCAAUGUUCUGAACCCUAAACAAAUGACUGUUCACAGGUUUCCAGUAGAAUGGAAAUAUGUACUAUUAUUUUUAUCGUAAACGAUUAUUCAUGUGUAUCACUCCUGCUCCGUUCAUUUCAUCGACUGCCUUUUAUAAUGAAAGAAAAGAAGAGAAAUACUGCAUAAAAAGGGAUUUCUUAUUGCACAUUUACUUUCACGCCAAGACAUCAGUCCAUUGGGUUGAAAUUUGUCAAAGUGAAUCUAACGUCUAACUAUUGUUCUGAAUAGCUAGCGUAUAUGGUUUGAAGCGAGGGAUCGAGUGUUUAGAACAACUUAGAACGCAGGUACUGUUUCCGUUGGGAUUUCUUGUAUUCCAAAAGAAUGUGGUUUGUAUGAAAAUGUCAUAAAAUGCGAGAAUAAAAGUCAUUUUCUGUAUCUCACAAUGUCAUUAAAUGGAUCAAGAUGG